AUGCCUAGGCCAAAUAAGCAGCGCGGCAGGCGCAUGAAGAGGAAACAUGAGGACGACCCAGACGACCCCGCUGUGGAAUCCAGUUCGAAGCGGAGAAAGUCAAUUGACCCCGAAAUUGACGAACAAGAGUUCUUGCCGCUCGAAGUUCAAGACGAAGACAUGUCCGCGGCCUACCCAACCGAGAAAGCCUUCUACGGGAUGCUGGACGAGACCGAGCAGGAGUACUUCAGACUGGCCGACGAGAAACUGGAGUCGAACGAGUUCGAAUCUGCCGAGGAGCGAGCCAAGUUCAUCGACAAUGUCUACCGAGAAGCUGAGGGCAAGGAAUUGAAGAUUGCUCAUUCGCAGUCGAGUUCCCGCUUUCUGGAGCGUCUCAUCCGUACAUCGAAUGCAUCACAGCUGAAGAACCUCUUUCAAAAAUUUAGUGGACACUUCAUCAAUCUGAUAUCCCACCGCUUUGCCUCGCACGUCUGCGAAUCACUCUUCACAUACGCGGCUCCUUUCGUAAGUCAGGAGCUUCGCGAACCCGUUGUUGAGGCCGGCAGCAGCAGAAAUGUGGAUGAAGUCUACGUGUCCAUGGAGAACCUCUUCCUGUACACAGUGGCAGAACUAGAAGGCAACGUAGGCUUUCUUCUGACUGAUCAGUAUGCUUCUCAUGCUUUGAGGAUUCUCCUCUUGAUCGUUUCUGGAAAACCCAUUUCUACCGAAGCCAUGAAGGGCAUUCUCCAGAGCAAACGCAAAGAAGGAAGUUCUGCCCGGGGAGGUUCGAAAGCACAUGCCGAGUCUGCUGCCAAAGAUCGCCCUGUCCCAGACUCAUUCUCCAAAGCGUUAGAGAGGCUCAUCAGCGACAGUGUGGCAGGCUUAGAUACUGACAAAUUGCGUGCCCUUGCAACACACACCAACGCCAAUCCGACUCUGCAGCUUUUGCUCACUCUCGAGCUCACCCACUACGGUAAACAGCGCGCCAAGGACGAACGAUCGAUCAUUCGAACCCUCCUUCCUGAUGAGCCUUUCACUGCUGAAUCCGAGAGCGCGGCAUUCAUCGGCGGCAUGGUCCAUGACCCUAUUGGAUCGCAUCUGGUGGAGAAAAUCAUCGAGAGCUCGCCGUCGAAGUUGUUCAAGAGUCUGUACUACAACUUCUUCAAGGAUCGCCUUGCUUCGUAUGCAAGACACGAGACCGGAACCUAUGUCGACUGCCGCUUGAUCGAGAGAUUGGGCUAUGACGAUCUCAUGGAAGCUCACGAGAUCUUGUGUCCUGUGUUACCAAGCCUCCUUGAGAAGCAUUGGACGAGCCUCACCAGAACCCUGAUCGAACGCUGUACUGUCCGGGACAUCGAUACCCAGGCCAUUGCAGCCACUAUCGAGGAGACUUUCAAUGGGCCCCAAGGCUUCGAUCUACUCAAGAUGUUGAAAGUUGACACGACGCCUCACAGCUCAGAUCGACAGCCAGCGCAGGCGAACGGUACUACUAACGGUGAUGGUACGGCAGGGGUGACUGGCACUUUCUUUGCACGACCGGACGAAGGAUCGAAGGUCCACUUCAACAUCCUCGCACAAGCCAUGCUCAUCGUUCCCGGGUCACUGAGCGCUCUCAUCCUCGACUCUAUGAUCUUGCUCGAGACCGACACACUUGUCAAGAUGGCCAAAGACUAUAUCGCUACCCGAACAUUGCAACAAGCAGUAACGACAAAGAAUGCAUCGAUGAUCCAACGACGCAAGCUCGUCCAACGAUUCUAUGGGAACAUUGGCGACAUGGCGCUUGACAAAUCGGCGUCUCACGUGGUUGACUGCAUUUGGGAGGGAACACACGGUCUUGCCUUCAUUCGAGAGCGCAUCGCCGAAGAGUUGAAUGAGAACGAAGCUGUGCUGCGUGAAUCAGCCAGCGGGCGUGCUGUUUGGAAGAACUGGAAAAUGGACAUCUACAAGCGCAAGAGACCUGAAUGGAUCAGACAGAGCAAGAUCAAGGCAAGCAAUGACGGCUUCCAGAGCUUCUCUGAGCUGGACGUCAGGAAAAAGAGCGAUGGAGUUCAGAAGACACCGUUGCAGUUGGCGCGGGAACGACAUGUUCAAGAGAAGGCGAAGAAGACAGAGAGAUUGGACAGUCUCCUCUCAGCUGUCCAACAGCUGGUGACUUCGUUCAUUCGUUCCGCCGACGAAAAGGCGUCAGCAAACCCAGCUCCUAUUACUAAGAAAUCAACGAACGGAUCAACGACGAAUCUGCUAGAGCAACAUUCACCCAAGGAACUGCAACACUUACUUGGCUUCUCACUCCCGGAACAGGGACUCGGUCACGAUGGUUUCAUCGAAAUGGUUGACAAAGUACUUCGACAUAGCGUCAACACUUGGGACCAAGGCUUCUUGGACAAGCUAUACGCCAACACAACACCGGUCGGACUGGCAGCAGAUCUCCUUCUCAGCUCACUGAACACCAACGUCCAUGUCUACCAAGUCUCCCCUGCUCUCACCAUCAUCGAGAAGACCGUCACCAAAGCCGUGGCAUCCAUGCUCGGAUUCGAUGGCCCCAACGCAGGAGGCGUAUCUCAGCCUGGUGGUAGCGCGGCGAAUCAGUCUUCGAUGGUAAUUGCGAGGAACAAUCUCUUUCCGGAGACUAAGACAGAAGGUAAUGGGAGUUAUCCAUUUGUCCUCUUCACGUCUGCACAUGGUCAUUACAGUGUUGAGAAAGCGAGUCAGAUCUGCGGAUUCGGAUCCAAAGCCGUUCGGGCGGUGGACGUCGACGAGCGAGGCUGUAUGAAACCCGAGGCUCUGGAAGCUGCGAUACAGAAGGCGAAAGAUGCAGGCGAGACUCCCUUUUAUGUGAACGCAACAGCUGGCACCACCGUUCUCGGCUCCUUCGACCCCAUCGACGCAAUCGCAGAGGUCUGCCACAAACACAACCUCUGGCUCCACGUCGACGGCUCCUGGGGCGGCUCCGUAAUAUUCAGCGAGAAACACCGCUACAAACUCCAAGGCAUUGAAAAAGCCGAUUCUGUCGCCAUCUGUGCGCACAAAAUGCUCAACGUCCCCUUAACCUGCUCCUUCCUCUUUGGGAAGGAUCUACGCCAAUUCCACAAGGGCAUGACAUUACCUGCUGGCUAUCUCUUCCACAACUUCGACGAUGGUACGAAUGGCGUGGAUCCCGAGAAGGAGGUCGAAUACUGGGACCUCGCAGAUCUGACACCGCAGUGUGGACGUCGCGGCGAUAGUCUGAAACUCGCUUUGACGUGGUUAUACUACGGGACAUCUGGACUGGCGGCGUACAUCGACCAUGGUUUCGGAAUCGCCGCUUACCUCGCCUUUCUCGUCAAAUCGAAUCCAAAGUUCACAUUGGUAUCGGAGUAUCCACCGCCUUGCUUGCAGGUCUGCUUCUACUUCGAUAAACAGAAGAAUCCUGAGGUGAACAGCCAAAGGACGGCGAGGAUUGUCGAGGCGUUGGUGGAGAGAGGUUUCAUGACGGACUAUGCGCCUGGACCGGAUGGGAAGUUCUUCAGGGUGGUCGUUAAUGGUCAGACGAGGAGGGAGACGGUGGAAGGGCUUGUUAGAGGGAUUGUGGAGAUUGGAGGUCAACUGAAUGGAUACUAG